AUGUUGAUUGUUUCGCAGAUAAUCCCAGCUUGUCUGCUGGUGACCUCGGGAGCCCGAAGAGUACAAAUUCGACCACGAGUCUCAGAACCACAGGUUUAUUACGAGGAAGAGGACAAUCAACAAGCAGAAGAUGAAUACGAGGCUCCAAUUUACCAACCACGAGCACGAGCCCUACCAUCACCACGCUCCAAGGACACACUCCAAGGAUCGAAAGCACCACCCGUUCAAACAAUUCGCAACUACAACAAAGUUAAUGACGACGGCUCUUUCACUUUUGGCUACGAGGCCGCAGACGGUUCCUUCAAGGAAGAAACACGAGGCACCGAUUGUGUUGUCCGUGGCAAAUAUGGUUACGUUGAUCCCGAUGGCAAUAAGCGAGAAUUCACCUACGUCUCAGGAAAUCCGUGCGAUCCAAAUGCGCCCAAAGACGAGGAUGAUCUCGCCGAUAAGGAGGAAGAAGUCGUUGGACCUCCCAAUUAUCCAUCCUCAAGGCCAAUUCAACGACCCGUGAGGCCCAAUUAUCCAGCAACCACUCCCCGAGCACCCACCACCAUUUUCCAAACCGAAUAUCAAUUAGACGAUGACGCAAGCCAAGAACUCGAGGAAGUCUCCCGUCCAGCAAUAAGCAGACCAUCCGCCUUCAGACGACCCGUCGUCAGAGUCACCGAACCCACAACCUCCGGCUUAUACCAACCCAUUCCCACAUCCGAACCCGUUUACCGACUCGCCAGCAGCAGUACCCUCGCCGGUCCCCGCUACCAAAUUGCCCAAACCACUCCAACCCCCCAACGUUCUGCCUCACCUUCCGCCUCAACAAUUUACCAACCCAUCGAAGCCAGUACUCGCGCCACGACAAUUGCCCGCCAAAGGCCACAAUCCGUCGCCAUUACACCACGACCACACGUAGCCCAAGUUGCCGCCCAAUAUGUCGGUCCCAGUAGCACCGAGAGACCAGGCGUUGUUUUCGCCCCCAGGACCUAUCAUCCCACAUCGGCCACCACGAGUCUACCACCCCGUGCUGUCUCCUCCACGCCACCUCCUCAGAAUCUUGAUUUUGCUGCCGAACUCGAGAGAUACGUCAACUCCGUCGCCCUGAGCUCCCCAACAGCGAGACCUGUCCCCAAGGCCAAGGCUUCACCAUCUGCCGAGCCCAUCUAUCAGUCCGAAUUAGUUUACGAUCCCGCAACCGGUCAGUACAAUACACAACUUUAUCAGUCCUUACCACAAACCAUGGGCGAUAUCAGCCUCAGUCACAAGCUCCAACCAUUCGUAGCCCAGCCUCAACAACUCGCGCCGAUCCAGAGGCAGAAUCCCAUCUACCGUCAACCUUCAUCAUCAUCAUCGCAGAUAGCUAGACAACCACAGGAGGCCAUCUACAGAAAGCAACAGGCCGAGAUCUUUCAACAGUCCCAACAGCUCUACGCUCAACAACAGAGACGUCAACAACAGCCGCAGAGGUUUCAACUUCUAGAUCCACAGAGGGACGCACAAUCAUUCUACUAUGUUCAAUCACCACCACAGGGACAACAUCCUGGUGGACAAUUAUCUGCUGGUCAAAUUGAUCAGUUCCUUCGUGGUAAUGCUGAGGGAUUUUGAGUCGAUUAAACAAAAAAAUUUAUAAAUGCGAUUAAUCCUCUUUUUUCUAUUGAAGAUUUUUCUCCAUUAGCGACACCCGGUUUAUCACCAGAAUGGACACCUUUUUAGCGUAUCACAUGCGUUUACUUUUCUACACGAAAAGAAAGUUUUCGAAACACUCAUUGAUCUUUUACGAAUAAAACAUCUUUCCGUGUAGAAAUGUAAAAAUUCAUCUAGAAUACGAGGCCAAAAUUCGACAUUGGCUCAGUGUAUAGCGAUAACUUCACAUUCUAGAUGGAUUUUAAUAGAAUUAAAAACAAACGCAUUCGCGAUUGAGGUGCUCCCAUUUGGAAACAGUGAAUCCAAAGAGAGCGUCGGGCAUGUGUUUACUCUCUGCAUUAUUAUUGUUUCUAAUAUAAGACUCCGAAAUACUUUGAUUCACAUUGGAAAAAAUUUAGCCUUAUCUAGUAACGUCAAUUCUGCUCUCUUUUAUGAUAAGGCAGAACUUUUGACAAUGGAAUAGCAACACUAAUUUUUUUGGUCGAUAUUUGAAAAAUUAGAAAAUGACAACAAAGCUUACAUUUCGUUAGGUUACUGCAGAAACAAAAGGUUAUGAGGAUAAAAUCUUGAUCAAGCGAUAAAACAUAGUUUAUCGAAAACGAAACAAAGCAUAUUCAAAUCAAAGUCGUAAAUACUUGGAAAAUCUUUUUGUGAACUUUCGGCUUAUUGGAACGUUACUUCACCAAAUAAUUUUUCCGUGCAAUCAAAAUCGAACCAUGGGUAUGAAAUUAUAGGAAAAAUGUCAUCUCUUUCAUUGCUUGGAAGCUAUGCAAAUUUUUGUAUACCAAACUUGCUCCGACAAAAACAUGAUAAUGCAAAUUCUUUUACAGAUUACUCUAAACACUGAUAUUAAUAACAGCAUUGAAAGAUUUUGAAACAGUAGAUGACUUUUCUACCAAUAGAAAUUCAGUGCAUCUAACUGAAAGUGCAACUACUUAUUGGUUAUUGAGUCUCUGAUUAGACUCAACUAUAGCAUCUGCAAAAGCAAUUGCUGUAUCAAAAUUCUUUCACUGUUCAAAUCUCUGGAUUAACCAAAUCUUAAACAGUACUUCAGAUACACUUUCCCUUUAAUUAGGAUCAGGUAACUUAUUUCUGUAGAGAAAAAAGCAUACAAAAAACUUACUUUCUAAAAUUUGAGGUAAUUAUGCAGUUAAGGGUCUCCUGCCAUAUCUAGAAAUAUACAGCUUUUCAGAUGGGCUUUAUUGGUAAUUUUAUUCAAUUUUACAUGUAACUAGAAGUUAACUUUAAGUUAACCAGUUAACCUUAACUGCAUAAUUAUCAAAUUUGAAUCUAAAAAAUAAUAUCCGAACGGUACUGUACAGCCUUUUCUAUAUCUAGCUUUGAGUGUCCAUAACCCACAUAUGAUUCUAUAAAACAUAUACAAUUGACUGUUUCUAAUAAUUCAUUAAUCUUCCAAUACUUUAGUGUUAGAACAAAUAAAAUAGAGAGCAAACACAUGCACAAAGUUAAAUAAUUUAUCAGAAUGCGAACAAAUUGUAUUUUCUUCAAAACAUAUUCCCCCAUAUGAAUAAUUCUGUAUUCUAAUUAAAGAAAUAUAAUUUUUCCUCAUUCUGAUAUUUCUAGACCCUGGGAUUACUGUCAGUUUCUAGCUUUUUAAAUUUUUUUCCAGCUCAAGUCUCUUUAACAGUUUUUCUUUCUUUCUUUUUUUUUUUUUUGUUGACGAAACCACCGGGAACUUUUUUUUCUGACGACUCAUGACCUUAGAGAGUUCAGGGAUUAAGCCCUUACUUGUACAGAGGUUAUUGUAAUAUGAGACAGCUUAAUUUUUGACAAUUUUUCUCGAUAUACAUUAUAAUUAUAAAAUGUAAGUAUAUUUGUCAUGUAAUUUUUUUUCAAUAUUAAAUUAAGAAUCUGUUUACCGGAUAUUCGCAAGUGCCAUUGAAUUCAUAUUUUAUCAUUUUUUUCUCCUUUUUUUAUAAAUUCAUUUCUACUUGCUGAAUACUUUAAUGAAACUAAUAUUAUAUAAAAAAAAUAGUUAAAGAAUUAUAACUAAAAAUUGCUAUAAGGACAAAUCUGGAAGAAUUUGUGAAAUUUUUAAUAAUUUUAAUUGACAAAUUUCAGUAAAAAUGUAAAAUGUUUUUAAAAAAUAUUUUAAAAAUAUAAAAGAAAAAAUUAAUAUUUACAUGAGCAAUGAAUUGUGAAUAGUUUCUUUAUGAAUAUUUGGGUCAUUUAUAAAAUGUCAUAAAUUCUUGUAUAUGUAUGUAAGAUUAUGUAAACUGACCAGAUAUUAUCCGGGUUGGUUCACAGUGUUUCAGGAGAAAACUUGUGUGACGAAAUGUCCACCAAUCAAAUUUUAAAACAAAUUUCGUAUUAAAACUUGACAUUUUUUUUGUUUAUUUUUAUUUAUUAAAUUGAUAAUAAUUAAUAAUAGUAAUAAACAAAAUGUUUCUUACAACCAAUUACAUUUUAAACAAACCAAAAUUUUCUGAUUUUUAUAUUCAGAUUUCUACUUUUUAAUCACCUCCAUGAAGUUGGCGUCGACGCUCAGCGCCGAAAAUUCUUUUUCACAGGAUAAAAAGUGUCUAAUUAUUUUUUUUUAAUUUUCAAUCCAAAUAAUACCUUGAAAAAUAUUUUUCAAGGUAUUAUGUGGACCCAAAACCUUUUUAAAAAAUGAUUUUUUUUUUUUUGGUUCCGUGAAAAACAAAUUUCGACGUUGAGCGUUGACGCCAACUUCAUGGAGAUUGUUUAAUCAUAUUUCAAAAACGAAAAAAAAUAAUUAAAAUUCUAUUCAUUUUUAAUUGAUUAAUCAAUAAAGAAAAAAAGUUUUAAGAAAGAAAGUAGAAGUGCAGAAAAAGAAAGAAAUUAAAAAUGUCCAACUCUGUGAAAAAAUGUUGAUAUCUUUUUAGAUAGAUUUUAUUAUACACCGAAGUAUAAACAUUGCACCAUCUCACUAAUGAAUUUCAGAUCAUCAAAGAACAUUAAUUACUUUAAGUAUUUAUUUACUUCGUGCAAGACUAUUAAUGACUAUUCAAUUUCCCGAUGUAAUCUAUUGCUUUGCAGAUUACUUGGUGAGAGCACAACGUCAGACAAAAUCUCAUCUUCCAGAUCACGUCCCAUAGUAAAGACAGAGAAAAAAAAACUGUCUACUGAGUCUCAUGACUAGAGAAAGUAGCAAAACAAAUUGUAUGGACAAAACAACAGGUCACUUUUUUGAUUAAAAUCUUUUAUCAUUCUUUCAUGCACUUAUAUUUUUUCUUUUCUUUUAUUUAAAUAUUUUAAUCUUUCUUUCUCGAUAAAUCUUUUAUUUUUAUAUUUUUUAUUUUAUUGGUUCAUUUUGGAAAUUGGAAAUAAAUUUUCUUUUUAUUUAAUAAAAACUAUAGUUUCUGAAGAGAACAAGUGUUCAGUAAGCUUAUUUAUUUUCUUUAUAUAAAUUAAAUUAUAUUGAAAUUAAAUUUAUCAAAUACAUUCUUAAAUGAGAAUAGAAUAACAUUUUUUUUAUAUUUUUAUCCUAUAGUUGAAAAAUAGAAAUAAACUUUAUGUAAUAUUAAUUUGCGGUGAAAAUUAAUAUUGAUUUUAAAAAAAUAUUUGUUGUAAAAAAAAAAUUUUUUGAUUACCUUGAUAAAAAGUUUGCAAUGAUAUUCAAUCAGUUUUUUACUGUAAGUACAUAUUAUUUCAAGGCAUUUCGAAAUUUGUGUCCGACACAAUUAGUUUUUAUUCAAAGAUAAAUUUUUAUAUAACUUAACAAAAAAUUUAUUCUUUUAAAUUAAUAAAUUUUAUUCUAAUGCUGAAUUCUAAACAUUUCAUUUCAGAUCAAUCCAAAACUAAAAUUUCAUCUUUUUAAAUUCUAAAAUUACACUUCUUAUCAAUUCAAAUAAAUACUGACUAAAAUUUCUAAUUAAAAUUCAGUCUCAAAAUCAAACUAUAUACAUUUGAUUUGGAAAAAAAAAUUUUCUUAAGUAAAAUUCAAAAUUUUCAAAUACUUUGGAUUCAGAUAAAAAAUUAUUGAAAUUUUCAUCAAGAUAAACAUAUGAUAUGUAAUUUUUUUUUUUUAAAAAAAGAAGAAAAAAAUUGAUUUUCACACUUUUUUUUGUAAAUUCUUUGGCUCUUGCGAUUUCCGGGGGAAAGACAUAUAGACGCACACGAGACACGCAAAAAAACACUAUUAUUGACAGAGAGUUAGUAGUAUGUAUUGGCGAUUCAAACAGCUACACUAGCGCCACAGUUGAACUAAUUUAGGCGUGACUCGCUCUGUAGCACUCCAUGUGUUUUAAAUUAUUUUUUUUUAUUUAACGCUUAAAAAUAAUUUUACAAACGCAAUAAAAAUAUCAGAAUAAUUAAAUAAUUUGAAAUAAACUAUCAAAACAGAGACUGCUUUAGAGCGAGUCACGCCUAAAUUAGUUCAACUGUGGCGCUAGUGUAGCUGUUUGAAUCGCCAAUAUAAAUAAAUAUAUUUAAUAAAAAUUUACAACUACAACGAUUGUCUCCGAUUUUGCGCAUAUAUUUUUUUUUAAAGGUCACUGUUAUUGAUCCAGAAACACACAAUGACGGAAAUGUAUCGAUUGGAUCUUGAUCAAAGUGUGUUACAUAAAUCCAAGGCAAAUUUACGCGCAAUGCGUCUAAGCAGCGAUUUAUAGCGAGUAAAAGUAUUUCGCGGAGAAUGUAUACGGUUUAAUCAAUGUGCGCUCGAUCUAUAAAAAAAAAAGAUAAAAAAAAUAAAAGAAUUUAAAAAAAGCAAGAAAAAAAAUAUAUCGCAAACGGAAAAAAUAUGAUUUUUUUUUUAAAUAUACGAUUGCUUUUGCGAAAGUUCUUUGAUAUACAAUAAAACAUUUUGUUGUUGUUCUUUUAUAUAUAUAUAUAUAUAUAUAUAUAUGUACUAUAUUUUAAUGCGGAGAAAUUACAAAGUGUAGAAUUGAAAGUUGUUAGAAGCAUAUUGAACUUAUCAAGUUAUUUUUUUCAAUAAUGAUUUGCACAUUUCAAAGAACGCAUUAAUUUGCUAACUUUCUUUGAAGGAUAAUUGAUAUUAAUUUCAUGUUUUUUUUUAUUUUUGCGAUUAAUAAACUUGAACAAUUUUUUUAAAAACAGCAGUGUUUAGAAAAAAAAAGUCAACAAAUUUUUAAAUUGACAAAAAUUUGUUGAAUUUUUUAUGAUUUUUCUUAUUAAAAUUUAACAUUCUAACUAAAUAAAUUAUAAAAAUUUCAAAACAAGCAGUCAUUGAAUGAUUCUUUAAUUUUAGUUAUAAAGUCAGUUUAUAAUAAUAAUUAAUUUUUAUUAUAAAAGUAAAUAAUUAAUUAUUAUCGCAAUUCAAUUAAUAUACUCUCUACAUUUAAAUUUUAGUGUGAAUUCGUUCUAAUUCACAAAUUUAAAUUAGUAGAAAUUAUAUUACUUUUUAUCGAAAUAUUAUUAUUUGAUUUAGUAAUACUAUAUACUAUACUUUAUUUAGUAAUAUUUUUUUAAAUACAGUUUUAGUCAAAAUUAACUCAAAAAUUAAUAGAAAUUUUCAUUAAUUUUUUUUGGUAAAAUAUUAUUCGAAUUAGUAAAUUUUAUUUUUCGGAAAGUUUUAGUAAAAAAUAAUUAAAUAUAAGUUGAAAUUUUCAGUAACUUAAAUUAGUGAACGAAUUUUCACUAAUUCAAAUUUAUAGAGUAUGUCUGAAUAAAAGUAUAACUAUCCAAUUAAAAACAAAGAUUUUUAUAAAAAACAAAAAAAACAAAAGUUUCUAGAAUUCAAAUAAAUUUCACUCAAUUUACAAAGUUUAUGUAUUUCCGCAAAGUUUUGUUUUGCUCUUUAAAAGUCGCGUGUCGUCGAAAGGAGUUUUAAGAGUCGAGAAUCAAUGGCUGCUCGCGUGUGAAACUUUUCAAUCCUUUAAUAGUAUAUUAUAUAUAUAUAUAUAUAUAUAUAUAUAUAUAUAUAUAUAUAUAUAUAUAUAUAUAUAUGUAUAUAUAAGAGGUAUAUACUUUGACGCAGUAGGCGAAUUCCUUGAUCGGAGCAUUUUUAUCGAAAUGAUUUUUCCUCCGCCGAGUCAUAAAAAACGCCCGUUAACAAUAUUGGAAUUUUAUUAUGUUCUUUAAUCGCGAAGGAUCCCUGAGAUAUUAUUAUUAUUAUUAAUAUUUAACCGGGAAGGGCGUAAAGACUCAUGUACAUAGUUACCUUAACUAGUGUCGAUUCUUAGAUAUUUGUAAUUUUAACUCUUGUCGCUAUAUAUAGCAAUACAAAUCGUGUAUAAGACACUCUACGCAAUAAUUACCUUGUGGGUAUUUAGAGAUACUUUCGUUAUAAUUAUAAUAUAAUUAUCUUUUUGUACUGUUUGUAAGUUUACGACUCGAAAAUAAAAACGUUAUGACGAAUCUAA